AUGCGAUUUGGGCAGAAGGGGAAACUUAGCCCAAGGUUCAUUGGAUCUUUUGAUAUUUUGGAGAGAAUUGGGGAAGUAGCGUAUCAGAUUGCUCUUCCCCCAGCCCUAUCUCAAGUCCACGAUGUGUUUCACGUGUCAUUGUUGAGAAAGUACGUGAACGAUCCAACACAUGUCCUUAGCUACAAACAACUAAGCGUGGACCCUCAACUAGCCUAUGAAGAGAAGCUGGUAGUGCUUCUGGACCGGAAAGACAAAGUGUUGAGGAUUAAGAUGGUGCCUUUGGUCAAAGUGCAGUGGUGUAACCACGACGUCGAAUAA